CGACAUCAACUGCUCCAAGAUGGUUUUAACUGAAGUCACUGACGAGUCGAAGCACGUGAGCUGUUCAUCUAUCUCGUGAGGGUAGUCCUCUGCGGCCAUAUUUCUGUAAAAUAAUUGAAUAAUUACAACGUCGUAUAACUUUCCUAUAGGACUAUUUUUCAUUAGAAGAACAGAAAAACAAUAGCAAUAUGUCCAGGCAGAGAGCUAGCAUACAAUGCUAACAGGAAACCAAACUAACGUUUAGAUAAGCUGAGGAAAGUGACAAAAGGGAUAGACGUAAGUUACUAAUUACUGAUGUAAUAGCAAAACGGGAUCACUGUAAAUUAAAUCUAACAAAACAAAACAAAACAAAAUCACAUAUUUACCCUGUUAGCAGACAACACGCUUUAGUCGACAGGAAAUGACGUUAAAACUGUGACCUAGUCGUUUUCGUUUUCCUCUGCGCUCCUCUACCGCCGUCUGCCGUUUGGAUGAGUGGAACAGCUAGUUAUCGUUAGCUAAAUAGUUUUAUUUUUUUUCAGCGUGAUAACAAUUUUAUUUGCAGUUUUCUAUAUUUUGUUUAAUAACAAUAUCCGCUUUUGUAUAACCGCGUGUAUUCUCUAAAUCGACGCUAUAUUCCUUAUUAUUGACCUUUGACACAUUUUUUAAGCAAGGGUCUAAACGAAAAACUUCUUUAAUUAUCGGCUGUUGUUUUCAUUCCUAUUAAACGCCCAAAUGUAUUUAAAAUACUCAUAUGUAGUAGUAACUUAAUAUCUAAAUACAACAGAAGCGGUCAUGUUACUGUGGUAACGUGGGGCGUCAGUGUGGUAAAUAAAACUGAGCGCGCUGCGAUGGGACCGCAGUUUAAGUGCUGUGUUUAGGGUCUGUUGUAGCUCAACCCAAGCAAGCUAUAAAGAAGACGCCCGAGUCAUCAUGGACAACUGUGAUUUAGAGAAGCUCUGUGUUUCUGCUGGGAAGCUCCGUCCAUCGUUCACACCUGAAGUCACAGACUACAAAGUGACUGUGGAGAGCAGCGUCAACGAAGUGACACUGGACGUGAUGACAAGCGACUGUGGGGCUUCAUAUAGUAUUCUCUAUGGUGAAAGGUCUAACACGAUUACACUGAAAGAUGGGUUGAACAGAGCAGGAAUCGAGGUGGUAGCUGAGGAUGGCACCAUAAAGAAAUACAGUGUGGAAAUCACCAAACUAUCAGCAAAGAUCGCAGAGCUCAGUAACCUGGCUUUGGAAGGAGAUAGUUCACUUCACCCCGCGUUUUGCACCAAAGUUUUUGAAUACAAUAGUACUGUUCCCUUUUGUUGUAAUUCGGUGACACUCCUUCCUGAGGUGCCUGACAGAGGCAUUAAAGUUACAGUAAAUGGGGUGAGCAGCUCUGAACCAAUCCCUCUGAAUUUUGGAGACACAGUGGUGGAGAUUUCAGUCUGUUCACCAGAUGGCAGUGUUUCACAGGUGUACAAGGUGUUGGUGACUCGAGAGCUGCUUCCUGUGCCUGUGACUUUCACUGAUGUGAAGCAGCAGCUGGAGUAUGAAUGCCCAGUAUCACUAAGUGCUUUCUACAGGCCUUUGUCUAUCAAUCACAGUGAACCAAAGAGCAUCUUCUCAAGGCCUUAUAUUGAGAUGCUUGCCCGAAGGUCAAAAGUUGACCCACUUAGCGACUGUCCUCUCGGAGACGGCUGGAAGGUUGUUGAACUGGACCUUGACAAGAAGAUGUCAGCUGCCGUGGUCAAGUGUUUCUUUUUUCACAGAGGGUGUGACACUACGAUGAAACUGUCUGAGCUUGGGUCACACAUUCUGGACUGUUUACAUAAACCCACUGGGGACCUAGAUGCACAGGAUGUAACAGAGACAGAUUGGUAUAAGAAGCACUUUGAAUCAGCCAAAUGUCUGGAGACAGAGACCAAACACACCUGUGAGCUUCGUAACUGGGAGAAAAGACUACAAAUGACAGCAGCAGAAGACAGUGUUGACAAGUUGUGUGCUUUGGCCCAGGAGCACCUGAAACUCUACAGGCAACAUCUGCCAAAGCCAGGAGACCUGUUGCACCAUGAAGAUGGCCAGUCUCCUCUGCAUAGCCUUGAGCAGGCUGCUGUCCACUAUGCAUCAGCUAUCAGACUUAACUCCAGAGAUGCCAGGCUUCACUUCCAGCUGGGUCUCGUGCUGGAGGAGCACCAUUACGCUACAGAGAUGUACAGCCUACAGAGGAAGGCUGACAAAGAGAGAGAUGAAUUAAGUGAUGCCAAAUCAACAGCACACCAGGAUGACAUCUUGGCUGUGUGUAAACUGCACGGUUUCCUUGGAACACCCACAGUAGAGAACCAGCUGCAGGCUCUGGAUAAAGAGUAUCAUCUGCUCAAAGAGCAGGGACAGUCCAGCAAAGCAGACUAUGCUCAGACUCUCUACAUCUGGCUUUCUAAGAAAACUGGCAAGGACAUCAGUGCAACUAUGCAGGAUAAAGAGAGCUAUAUCCACCGAGCCCUUCUGAAGUACCUGGAUGCCUGGUCUCUGUGCCCAGAAAGCUGGGAGUACAGCCUCCAUGCAGGAAGGCUGCUGCUGCUGCAAGGGAGGGAAAGGGAAGCCCUGCUGCACUUUCACAAUGGGCUGGCCCUACGGCCCCUACACCCUGCACUCAGAUUCUUCGCAGGCCUGGGUCUGCUACUGCAGGAACAGAAAGCCUCUGAGGAUGCAGAGAAGGAGGCUGCUCUGUUCUUACAACAGGGACUGGAGCACUUUAUCAGCCAGCGCUGCAGCAAGAGCUGGGAGGAGCAGGAUCUAUCGGACCCUCUGUCCAGCCGCAACACACAGUUCCUACGAGGCCUUCUUACGCUGGGGCAACUGCAGCAGAGAAACACAUUAUGCACAAAGGCCAUGAGUGCCGAACAAGUCUAUCAUAUUGUGGCAAUGCUGAGUGCCCAGAGUGUGAGUCAGUGUGUACGUCGUGGUGAGGUGAGCAGGCAGCUGGAGUGGGUGCUGCUGGAUGCUCACUUUGCCCUGCUGCAGAGGCUGACCCAGCAGAGUGAAUGCCAGGCUAAGACUGGCACUGAGAGGCAGUCUCUGGUGGCAAAAAGAUGCCAGGCCCUCACAGCUCUAAUACGUCACACCUCUAUCACUCCCUGUCAGGAACUUCUUGACAUGCAGGAAAGGACGUGCCACCUUGCAGUAGUAACCACACCGCGUGACAGCCAUGCCCUUUGUCUCUUGGGUCUGGCACAGCUGGCUCAGUACGACAAUAACCCAAAUUCAGAAAGGUCAAAGGAAGCCAUAAGUGAUGCCUUUCUCAGCCUCCAGGCCAGCAUUGAGCUGGAACUCAAGACUCAGAUUGGAGAGCCACCUGAACAGCUGACCAAACAAAAGUGGUGGCAGGAAAAGGUGGAGGUUAAAACUAAGGAAGCUGCCAAGCAGUCCAUCACCCAACCAGCUGGUGUAAAGGAGCCUUGUGACAUCAAAUUGGCAAAAAGAGGAGUGCAGCAGGGCAGGGGAGGUUCUAGGUGUGUAGCAGUAGCUGUAACCAAAGCACCAGCUCCAGCUCCCAUCAGGGGAGGGAAGGCUGUCGGGAAUCCAGCCAAAACCCCUGCAGCCAGGGGGAGUUCUGGAGCAGCUGCCAAGCCAGAUAGGGUGAAACUUUCUGGUAAUAACACUAAACCUCAGCUCCCGCUCAACAAGUCUAAACAGGACAGUUUCUCUGAUACUUUGAGGACAGCUGAGGUUGCUGUGACAGACAAAAUCCAUGAGUCCAGUCUGAUGAACCGCAGAUCUCAUGCAGCAAGACUGGGUCUGGCUCGAGCUUACUCACGAUCUCCAAACACCCAGGACCAAUCAAAACAGCUAUACCAAGAGGUCAUCGCAAUGUCACCAGAGAUCCAUGAUGCCUACAUCGAGCUUGUGCAGCUGCUGGAGCCAUCCGACCCUCAGGCUGCUUUGGAUGUAUACUGCAAAUUCCCUUUGAAGCCUGUGGCUGAGCAAAACUUCGAGGAUGCCUUCAUCACAGGAGAGAUUGUGCGCAUGCUGAUGUCUGAGGAGCAGUACGACCACCCACAGCUUGGCCCCAGCCUCAUAGCUUAUGGCAAAGUCAUGGGCCUAAGUUGCAUAGAGAAUUACAUUCACAUUUUGGAUGGAAAGUCUAAGACCAAGCUGCUAAAGACCGUCUAUUCGGGGAUCCACAACAGACAAGAGGAUGAUGAGGAUCUGCAGAACUUCUUCAAGUUCAAGUGCUGGAUAUGAUGUUUUUGGUUGUUUGCCAUGUUGAUGUAAUAAAUUCGGAAUCUUGAGUUUAA